AACUUGUGUAGUAAAUGGUUGAUCUCUGGAUUGUUAAAAACAACAUUUACCAGUAAAAUUUCGAAAAUGAACGAAGAUGGAAGGAAACGUUUUGACAACCCUGUUUAAUCGUUGACAACAAAUAAUUUAUUUAUACAUAGGGGAUGUAACAUUACAUGUAUACACAUACACACUUGUCCAUAAAGUUGCAUUUCGUAUACAUACAGUAGUUGGAAUGCACUCGAAAAGAAAUGAAAAGCACAUACAUACAAACAGCCAUACGACAAAAAAUAAGGAAAGCCCUAAUUCUACAACUGCCCGUUAGAUAUCAUCGGAGGCUGUGAAAACGUGAAAAGUCUAAAAUAAUACGAAAUGCCCGCAAAAUCUUUUAAAAAAGAAGCUGCGGCUCAAGUACAUCCAUUAUAUGAUUUAUUUAUACAAAAAUUUUAAAAGUGCGUUGCUGUGGCUAUAAUUAUUUCUAAUUAUACUACUCAAUAUGUUAUUAAUGGCGGCUAAUGACCAAUUUCACAACGAAGUAUAAGAUGGUGUUAUCAAUGAAAUAUAAUUACCGAGAUUAGCUUAAAUAGUUUCUGAUGCUAUAUUUUAAUUUGCGUAAUGAAAGAAACCAACACAACAAAUAAAAAACUACGACAGUUUCGAAAAAAGACAGGAAGUGCUGAUAAUCAACCUUUAUCGAUAAGCAUCUACAAGAAUAUUGCAAAUACAAAUUCAAACUGGCAAAGAAAACAAUCUUUAAAAACUAAAAAUCAACUGAAGCAUUCAGCUCAAAAAACUCGGGAGAUUCUCAACAACCACAAAAGUUGUCAGUCUUUAAAUAGAAGUCAAACAAAGUCAUGGACAGCAAGAAACUUAACACAGAAUAAUUUAAAUAAAUCAAAUGAAGAUAUAGUGGAAAGGAACGUCACGUUCGUACCAGCUAGAAGGACCUCAAAUGAGGGAGUAGAGCUCGAUAAUAGAGCUAAUGAUAAUUCGACUCUCAUUCAACUAGAAUUUAAACAAAAAGAAAAAUCAAUUGAAAUCGUUUCAGAUAACAAACUAAUAGCCUUUGAAGGUGUAUCGGAAGACGAAGACUUACGAAAUUACAAUGCAAUGCCCAGAACUAAGCACAGGCCUAAGAGUAUACAUUUCUGUGCACAAAACUGUAUGUGCGGUAAUAGUGAUGUUUGCAUGCGCACAUCCAAAAGCUCUGCAGGCUUUGACGUCCGCAAUAAACAAAAUUCUUUUGACGUGCCAAGCUCAAAGAAAAUAUAUCGCCAUGAUCAUCACCAGACCUUUCUAAGCAACAAGACUCAACUUUUAAGGGAAACGCUUUCUACAAUGCAACUACAACACCAUUUGAGCGUACAACAACAAGAACUAAUACAACAACUACAAUUAGUACAACGACAAUAUCUGAUCCAUCAAGGCUUUGUCAAACCUUUGCAAUUGGACUUUCAAACGCAGCUUGAUAGAUCAUCGUCACCUUUUAGUAAUUUGUUCAGUCACGCGCACCAGCAACAUCAGGCUUCGAACGCAUUGACCAAAUGUAAUGAAACGUAUUAUGAAACAAAUUAUUUAUUGCAACAGCAUCAGCAGCAACAACAAAUAUAUACGCCGCACCAAGCUAAUUCGACAAAACCACAUAAUGAAUAUCGGCUACGACAAAGCCCACAACAAAAUGACGACGAGGAUAUUGAUAACGAAAAUAAGAACACUCACUUGAAUAUCAGUAAUAACAACAACAUUAACCACAACGCCGUACUCGAUGUUUGCGAAAACAAGCAAUUUAUUAAUAUUAUUAAUACAUCUUUACAGGAAGAGCAAAAUAACAAGGAAGAGCAUACUUGUAGGUUAGAUGUAGAGUGCAAUUCUAACCCAACACAUAGGGAGAGCAAUGACAGUAGUUUGUGUGGUGACUUUAAGCCUUCAAUUAUGCAAUGCAUGGAAGGAGAUGAGCCGUUAUUGCAGGAGCCAAUUACACAUAGUUCCUCUUCUACAUAUAUUUGCGGUGCUACUACUAGUUGUAAUAGCUUUAAGCAAUAUCAGCGCAAAGCUAGAACCGACGAUGAUGGAAACAACAAUAGUAAUAACAAAAACUUUCAUAAUCAUAGAUGCAUUGCAUGGCAGAAUCAACGUGACAAAGAGCAACACGAAAACACAACGAAUAUUAUAUCAGAAAACGAUGACGACAAUGAUAGUUCUCAGCACACCAGCAACGCUUUUCCAGAGGAUGUGUCAAUGCUACCCGCAACUGAAGAUGAUACAAAUUUCGUGUCCGGCAUACAUAAUCGCAAUAAUGACAAAAUAUGCAGCAGUACACAAGCUCAACAAAAUACACUAACCUUACAUUCACAGCAAAUGCAGCGCAGUACAGAAUGUAUGCGGCCUUCGUCGCCUUCGUCCAUUGAUGAACACCACAAUGGCAAUGAAUGCCAAAAUUCGGCUGCUAAUGAAUUGGAUGAAUUCACAACUUGGGUGAAUCCUGUGGACCAAGGCAACAAUAUAACUGAUGAUAUACAUGCAUAUAUGCAUUACCAACAGCGCGUCGCGGGUGCAAGAAGUGGAAGUCCCAAUGGAAGUAGAUGUAGCAGUAAUAGCAAUCAAAAUAGCUGCACUGACAAUUGCAGUGAAAUCCGUGAUAAUAUCAAACAUUAUAAUUAUCCCAUUGAUAGUGCUGGCACGCAUAUGGACGACGUCGUAGCUACGCCAUCUUCGCCUGUCAAUGUACAACACCAUAGGUUGCAGUCAGGGAAAAAGUUAGAAACAAGACAGGCAUCUACCAUAUACAAUAUGGCUGAUUCAAAAAUGCGCCGUGGCAUGUCGCCGUUAUUACGGCUGGAUCAGCAAACGCAGGAACAUUUGCAGCAACAAGAACAUGCAACACAAAAGGUUGCAACACUUGACCCUUUGUUAACAUUGCCGCCGCCACCACUAAUAAUGUCGCCAGUAACGAUUCUGUCGCCUACAGCAGCUCCUUCGAAGGUCAUACCAUCGACUAUGCAUGCAGCAGCAGCAGUAGCAGCGGCUGCAUCGCAUACGCAAGCACCACAUCGUAAUGCAGCAGCAGCUGUAGCAGUGGCAGCUGCCGCAGCAGCUGCCGCAGCGGCCGCAAACAGUCGCUGCAUACGUGGUGCACAGAUGACGCCAAAUUAUGGUGGCCUGUUGGAUGCAGUAAGUGGUAGCAAUGGCGGCAGCAACGAAACUCAUUUCAUCAACUACAAUGACACAAACGCCACAGAGGCAAGCCAUGAUACAAACGUCAAUAACAACAAGCACACCAACAGCCCAAAGAAGUACUACCACCCGCUAUAUGCCCACGGAAUAUGCCGUUGGCCGGGCUGUGAGCUAGCGCUUAAUGACUUCGUCGCCUUCGUAAAACAUUUAAACUCCGAACAUAAUUUGGACGAUCGUUCCACAGCACAAGCACGAGUUCAAAUGCAAGUUGUAUCACAGCUGGAAGUUCACUUGCAGAAGGAGCGCGAUCGAUUACAGGCUAUGAUGCAUCAUCUUUAUUUAACAAAACAAUUUUUAAAUACUCAAAAAAUCGAAUCGAAGGAACCAUUGGAAUCACCUUACAGCAAUAUCUCAGCCAGCCUGAGCCCAACGACUAUGGGGUCGGUAAUGCCAAUGGCGGUACCGCAAGUAACUAACUUACAAGGAGUAAGUAAUUUGAACAUGUCGAUGAAUAUGAAUAGCACUCGUACCAUACCAGUCACGAUUAACUCACCCAUUCUGACCACGGCUAACAUAUCUGCGAUUAGAAAGCGAAUCAGCGAUAAAACCCCCAUUUCCCUAACGGGUGGUUUGCCUUAUAUGUUGGAAAGAGCCGGUUUGGAUGUCCAACAAGAAAUACACCGAAAUCGAGAGUUUUAUAAAAAUGCUGAUGUACGACCUCCUUUCACAUAUGCUUCACUGAUACGGCAGUCUAUUAUAGAGUCACCUGAUAAGCAGUUAACAUUAAACGAAAUUUAUAACUGGUUUCAAAACACAUUCUGCUAUUUCCGGCGCAAUGCUGCAACUUGGAAAAAUGCCAUACGCACGAAUCUGUCGCUGCAUAAAUGCUUUGUGCGCUAUGAAGAUGACUUUGGCUCCUUUUGGAUGGUAGACGACAAUGAAUUCGUGAAACGACGCCAUUUAUCGCGCGGCCGUCCGCGCAAAUAUGAACCGUCGUCAUCGCCUAAGACCAAUUCGCAAACGUCCGUUAAUGCUACUGUCGACAAUGGCAAUAGCACUAGCCGAGAAGCAAGAGGCAACAGUGAUUCACAACAAUUAUUGAAUAGGCAACAAAAGCAGAAACAGCGCAAUAUGCACAGUUUCGGUGGUAGUCAGGUGGCUGGCCACUGCAUCAAUGUAGAUUGUGAUAGUGUCGGUCGCAGCGUUCAAGGUUACCAUGCUGCAACGGAUGCUGCAACGGAUGCUGCUACUCCAAUAAUGGCAGCUGCAAUUAAUAAUUACUCUAAUAACAACAGUAGCAACGGUAUUAAAAUUAAGAGUAGAAAUAAUAAUAAUAACAGCAACAAAAACAACAACCACAGUAAUAUGGAUAUUAAUAAUGGCGAUCAUGACGGCAUUGAUAUCUGCGAAGGUAGCCAAAGGCAUAUAAGCGAUUUUUGUAGCAAUAAAAAAAUAGGGAAAUUUGAUACUCAUAAAAAUUAUAAAAUGCCCAAUGAUAGUAAUCUACUUUGCAUCAAUAAUACUUUAAUUGGUAUUAACACAUUUAAAAAUUUAAGUAUGCUUGCAACGACUGGCAACAAAGUCGCUAGUGCUAGUGGUAUCAACAUCGUCAGUGAUGGCGUCGCGGCUGUCGAUAUUGAUGCCAUAAUUGCGGUGAACAACAGUGGCGAUGGCAUAAUUGGAAGCAAUCGUAUCGGUGCCAGUAUUUAUGGUGAUGUCGGUGUCGUUACUGUUGAUGCUGUAAAUAAUUUAAAUGAUGUUGCCGUAGGUGUUGGUGAUAACGGCACCGACGGAAUUUUCUCUUGCAACUUUCAACCGCAGAACGCAAUCCACGAUUCUCGGCCGACUUCACCACCUUAUGGCAAACACGAUUAUUUAACUAAUUUACAGAACAUGUGGACCUCCAUAUCUGAAGAUCCCACAGCAAUAAAUAUUGAUCCAACAUUAUCAAAGCAAAUGCAUGAAAGCUAUCGACAUUUUGCAGCAGCUACUGAAUUACAUUUAACCCACCUACCGCAUAAACUGCAAAUAAAUUCUCCAAAUCAUCCUGAUAUUCGAUUGCACGAACAUCAGCAGACGACAUAUCAUGCUUAUCCACAGAAAGAUUAUAUUACUCAACAGCACCACAGCCAUUUAUAUCGUCGACAACAUAGCUAUUUACACAAUCACCAUCAUCAUUUGUCUUAUACGGCGCGACAGUUAGAUGUUAGAAAUUGUGAUAGUAACAGCACUCUACCAAUGACGACUCCUUUUAUGACCCGCACCGAAAAGUACUUACUAAAUAACAUAGAUAAACAUUGUCGCAAUCCGCUAAAAGUGGAUCAAAUGCGUGAUCAAACUUAUCAUAUUCCGCACGAAAUUACAACAGAGGAGGCACAGUCCCUUUCCACUGAAUAUGGAACCUGUGAGAAUGUCUUAAAAGAUAUUGCAAUAAUUAAAGAGACACAUGUGUACAAUAAAUCGAAAGAGAUAUCAAACACCGUUAGAAAAGCAAAUUCUAUCAUCCAUGGCGAUGGGAAGAAAAGCAAACACCUCAUCGAAAGAAAAGAUAAACAAAUCAAUAAAGAAUUGAUAUGAAAAGAGCAAAGUGGACAUUGUAGUAUAUUUUCGAAUUUAUAUAUAUAUAUAUAUAUAUAUAAUCCUAUCAAUAUCGCUGUUAUGCCAGUUUCAUUUGAAGCAAUAUGAGAAUAUUCAUAUAUAAUGUAAUGCUCGUAUAAAAUACUUUUGUAUCACUAAUACACAUAAUUUUAAAUACA